AUGGAUGCUAUGUAUGAUGUAUAUCAUGAACUUGAAGGCCUUAAAGCCAUUGCACAAAGGGUUCAUGGUCUUGCCGAUGUGUUUGCUCUUGGAUUAAAGAAACUUGGAUUCGAAGUUCAGGAUCUUGGCUUCUUUGACACUAUGAAGGUUAAGACUUUAAAUGCCAAAGCAAUUUCAGAUGCUGCUAUCAAAAGUGAAAUCAAUUUACGUGUUGUAGAUGGAAACACUAUCACCGCUGCUUUUGACGAAACAACCACGUUAGAGGGUGUUGAUAAGCUUUUCAAAGUUUUCGAUGGUGGCAAGCCUGUCUCAUUCACAGCGGCAUCUCUUGCACCAGAAUUUCAAAAUGCAAUUCCUUCUUGA